AUGGCGAAGUUUCAGCUCGUCAACACAUCGGCUUCCCAGCGAGAUCGACUCUCAAUGCAAUCUAGCGACAAAGCGGCAGCAAAACUCGGUGUGUUUGGUACUGAUCCUUGGAUUAUGGUCGAUACUCGCGAGUCUGGUCCGAAGUUGGGUAAAUCCUCGUCCACUGUCACAGCCACCGUCGCCCAAGACGAGGCAGAAGACGAUAUCGCCCUUCCAAUCCCCAUCGCUGCAACAGUCCCGCUUGGAAAGAUCGUCACCGCCGAUGGUCGCGAGCUGCCUUACUAUCACGAGAUUCCUGGCUUUGUCUACGAACCUCUCCCAGGCUUCGAACACUGUUUCAAGGCGCGAAAGCCUGCACAGAAAACACGCAACUCCCAUCACUCGCCAAAUACCCCCCAGGCAUCCCCUCGACCACAACAGACGCAACAACCGAGUAAGACAGCGUCGCCUUCCGUUUCCAACUCUUUGCUAAGCGGCGUAGCGGCGUCGAAACAGCAUGCGGCGUACACGCGAAGAGUCAAUAAGAGCCUAAGGACCCAGGUUCCUGGUCCACGCAAACCCCAGACCGUUCAUGGGAGCUCAGUAGCGCCGAAGUCUCCGAGGCAAAAGACUCUCAAGAGAAGUCGGUCCGUUGCCCGCGGUCUUAGCCAGCAUAGGCCCACCCAAGUUUCCAGCGAAGACGAGGAAGAUGAUGACAACGACGACAAAGAUGUUAUAGUUCUGACUGAAAAAUCGUUUUCUUUCUAUAUUGGCGAUAUUGAAGAAAUGAAGAAAUUUCUUCGUCGUCGAUUCGACGAGCUCACCACGAGACCCCUUCGGACUAUCGUCACAGCUUGGAUCAAGCAACUUGAACCUAGACGGCUAGGUGGCUAUGGUCCGUAUCACAAGCAGCUACCUUCGGAACAGCCGUCCGAAUGCACCCCGCCCUGGUGGCCUCAAGAUGUCCCGUACAAUGAACCAUCGCAUCUUUCCAAAGGGCACCUCCAAACCUUGGCGGUAGAUGUCAUGCUUCAGCAUCGAGACAUCGACGAAGUGAAGCGUAAAGGGUCCUGGGUCGCUAAGCUUCGGCAAGCGGCUCAGUGUGCAGUCGAACUAACCACAGCAGAACUAUUCUCGUCCUCAAAAAGUAUGAGUUUCAGUGAGGCAAUGAAGGAACGGGCACUGAAUUUCAUCCUGCCCAGUCUGUUUGACGUCGCUCAGUCAUACGAAGACCACUUGGCUCAGUAUAACUUAUACGAGGGCGCAGGGAAUACCGAUCCUGGUGAUGGCAGGCAGCUUACAUGGCAUCCCGCGUCUAGGCCGCCUAGGCAAACUUUCCAAAGGAAGCGGAUUCGAACAGCAAGGCCGCUUCCAGCUCCAAUCGUGGACUGCGAUGCAUCGGCCGACGAGACUGAAGUCGAUGAUACCAUCAGCAAUUCUUUCCUACGUCAAGAGCAGGCCCGAGCUCGAAAGCAAGCUCGUGGACUACGAGAACUGAGGACUAUUGCAACUUCUCAACAGCAAGUACUGGCAGUGCCCACGCGCACAGCUACGACAGAUGCAUCUACGCCAGCUAUGCCUCCGCAAGACAACCGUCCAAAGAGUUCCAUGCCCACACCCAACACGUCAUUCCAUCAGUCAAUGGAUAGCCUUCGACUGGGCGAGGCCAUGGAUACGGACAUAGAUGUCAAGGGCGGUGAAGUUCCUCCUCCAUACGAUCAGUCCUUGUUACGCACCAUUUAUUCACUCAACCAGCCCAUGCAGUACUCUAGUAGUCAUGCAGGUUAUAUGAACCAGGUCUUCCAAACUGAAGAUGAUAUAAACUCCUUCUCUGAUGCGGUUCAAUCAUCGUUCGACCCUGGAUCAGCACCUUGUUAUGCGAACCCAUUCCCUGCGUUCCCCACGCCAUACUCUUCGCAAGCUGGAAAUUCCGCCUUUGGGGCUUCGAUGGCUUCCAACAAUGCCGGCUUUCCCUACGAAUACGACGGGGUGUUUCCUCCCACGCCCGUGGUAGCCCUCGGCACUGCUUCUUUCCAUGGGUUACCCGAUGAAUUCAAGGUGGUCGACCAAGGACGAUGA